AUAAUAAAGGCUAUGCUAUUAAUAUUUUCAUUCCCCUGCUCUCCAAAAAUACUCGCUCUCAUUCACUUAAAGGAAAGUGAGUAAAUGAGAUUCUGAAUUAACACACACAAAAAAAAUUAGAAAGGUAAGCGGCGGUGACUACAGAAAAGUCUGGCCCCAGACAAGAAAAUAACUCCGAUGGAAGACAUGGCUCUACUCUCUCUCUCUCUCUCUCUCUCUCAAGCCUCCGAGGAGCACGUGAGUCAAAGCCUCCAGCCAAGCGUACGCCGAUCCCUUAGCAACCGCAUGCAAGAGGAAGCCCCGCUCUAACCAUAGAGUUCAGAAAAUCCUCCGCAGGAAGUCGACGAGGGAAGUCCCUGCUUUUUUCCGCCCCGCAGUGCUACGCACUCUCUUUCUCUUUCUCUCCUCUUCUCCUCCGCUUUCUCUCCUCCAAUCGCCAGCCGGGAGGGGCGGAUCCAAUUGCUCACGCUCUCCUUGCUGCGCCCCAGCUCCCCUCUUCGCCGCCUCGGUACGCGCAAAAGUGACGUCAGGUGGGGCUUUAAUGUGUAUGUGUGGCUGGCGACCUCCUGCGCAACUACGCGACGUUCCUGCCUUCGCCGUGAGGAGGCAGUGGCUGGCGGGAAGGAGGAAGAGGAGGAGAAAAAAAGAAAGUGUUGGUGGCGGCGCUUGGAGCCGCGGGAUGGAGGAUCAGCCGCCGCCGCCACCGCCGCCGCCCCUACAGGAGCCGCUGGGGCGUUACCUUCCCCCACUCCCCCAGCCGCUGCUGUUUGAAGAGGAGCCCCACCAGCUAUUCAUUCUUAAGGAUAAGUGGUGGAGAUAAGCAUGAGACCAGCGUGGCACAGCUGUAUGUAUUGAAGCAAUUGCACACUUUAUUGGCUGACAAUCUUGGCAUUUUUUUAGCAAAAAUCAAAAUUUAAAGACCCCACACAUUUGUGUUUGACUUGUCAAAUAAACUUGCGUUGUCACCUGAUGGAGCCUUCUAGUGGUGAACAACUCUAUGAUGACCCUGAUGUUGGAAACAAAACUCAAGAUCCAGAAAACAAAAGGCAGCAUGAAUCUGAACAAAAGCUGUCCAAAAUUACCCACAAUGCCUUGGAGAACAUUAAUGUAAUUGGUCAAGGUUUGAAGCACCUCUUCCAGCAUCAGCGUAGGAGGUCGUCAGUAUCUCCGCAUGAUGUUCAACAAGCUCAGGUUGAUAUGGAACCUGAAACAGAAUUGGAAAACCAAAACACCUAUGUGGAAAUUGAUGGUGUCUCUACCCACUCUACAGCUCUGAAUAGAGUUCUCCAACAAAUCAAAGUGCCACCUAAAAUGAAGAGAGGAACAAGUCUUCACAGCAAACGGGGCAAAUCAGAUCCUCCGAAAGGAAGUCCUCAAAUCAACAGGAAGUCUGUCCAAGAUAUUAAUUCAGGUCGUCCCCGAUCCUCAUCUACUACUGAUGCUCCAUCUAAUUUAUCAAUUUUGGAGAUGGCCUCUCCUAUCUGCUUAGCUGGUGACGACGUUGGAUCAGCAGAUCGGAUCGAACGAUUAGAUGUAAGUAGCCUAGCACAAACAACUAACGCAGUGGCAUCAAGUACAGACUGCGGUAUUAAUGCAGAUUCUGUUGAUGGAACACCAGAUCCACAACGCACAAAAGUGGCCAUCACUCAUCUGCAGCAGAAAAUACUGAAACUCACAGAGCAAAUCAAAAUAGAGCAAACCGCCCGGGAUGACAAUGUAGCCGAAUACCUGAAAUUAGCCAAUAACGCUGACAAGCAACAGAGCGCCCGGAUUAAGCAGGUGUUUGAGAAGAAGAACCAGAAAUCAUCCCAGACAAUCCUCCAGCUGCAGAAGAAACUAGAGCACUAUCAUCGGAAGUUGCGAGAGAUUGAACAGAAUGGUAUUCAUCGACAGCCCAAAGAUGUCUUGAGGGACAUGCACCAGGGAUUAAAGGAUGUAGGAGCAAAAGUCACUGGCUUCAGUGAAGGAGUAGUAGAUAGUGUUAAAGGUGGACUUUCCAGCUUUUCCCAGGCAACUCAUUCAGCAGCUGGAGCCGUUGCUUCUAAACCUCGGGAAAUUGCCUGCCUCAUUAGAAACAAGUUUGGAAGUGCCGACAAUAUUGCUAAUCUGAAGGAUGCUUUGGAAGAAAGUCAAGAAGACGGGACCGGAGGAAAGACUUUAGGUGUUCAUAACUUUCAGUCAAGCCCAAAAUAUGGCAGUGAGGAGGACUGUUCCAGUGCUACAUCAGGCUCAGUGGGGGCCAAUAGUACCGCAGGGGUCCAGUUGGGAGCACCAAGCUCCAAAUCAAACACUCUGGAUAUGCAAAGCUCAGGGUUUGAUGCAAUACUGCAUGAAAUUCAAGAGCUCAGAGAGGUUCAAGUACGCUUGGAGGAAUCCUUUGAAGAUCUCAAGGUUCACUACCAGCGAGAUUAUUCCUUGAUAAUGCAGGCUCUACAGGAAGAAAGAUACCGAUGUGAGCGACUAGAAGAACAGCUGAAUGACCUGACUGAGCUUCAUCAGAAUGAAAUCCUCAACUUAAAACAGGAAUUGGCCAGCAUGGAGGAAAAAAUAGCUUACCAGUCCUAUGAACGAGCCAGAGAUAUCCAGGAGGCCCUGGAAGCCUGCCAGACCAGAAUCUCCAAGAUGGAACUGCAGCAGCAACAGCAACAAGUUGUCCAGUUGGAGGGCCUUGAAAAUGCCACUGCCAGAAACCUUCUGGGCAAACUAAUAAACAUCCUUUUAGCGGUAAUGGCUGUCCUGUUGGUGUUUGUCUCUACCGUGGCCAACUGCGUGGUCCCCCUGAUGAAGACUCGCAGCAGGACGUUCAGCACUUUCUUUGCCAUGGUCUUCAUUGCCUUUCUGUUUAAGCACUGGGACGCCAUUACCAGCUACUUGGAACGCUUCUUUUCACCCCCCAGAUGAUGACAAGGUGACAUGCCACUGCCUCGCCCACUCGAGCUGGAACUGGCAAGGAAGUGCAUCAAACUUAGUCGGCAGUCCCUUCCUCCACUGAAGACGUAACAUGUCCGAGUGUGAAAUUUGUUUACAGUUAAAAUAAUAUUUUCUCUCUGAGACAUAUUGGCAAUAGUGAGGGUUUUUUUUAGAAUUUAUUAAAGAACUCUUUUUUUUGUCAAAAAACUUUUUAUGUAGCAUGGUUCUCUUUGGAUGCAAAUCUUAAUAUUCUGUAUGUGUACAGAGAUAAAACACAAAUCUGGAGCACACCAAUGGGCAAAUUAAAUUAUAGCUCAGCUACUGUACUAAACCUGAUCGGAAGAGGAAAAGACAAUUACAUAAAUUCUAACCAAGAUAAUCCGGUGCAUAGUGAUACUCCGAUUAUCCUACAGUGCUACUGUGAAACCUGACCACCUUCUGUGUCUGAAUGUAUAGCUUCAGGAUGGCUUUCUCUAGUGAAAGACCAAUGCAAUACAUGGAACUUUCUGGAUCUCUUCCUGGGUUUGCCUCUUCUGCUGUUUAAACUUUCUGGCUAGAUAUAUGAAGUGGAUUAGUUCUACUGUGUACAGUUCCUGCACAGUUGUACUACAGUAUUUUGAAGUAGCCCUUUGAAUAUUUUAAACAAAAGCCCUUGGUUGCACUUUGACUGUUUUUUAAUGUAUGUAUAGUCACAGAUUUAAAAAUCCAAAUGGCAUACUUGAAGAGUGUAAUACUCAAACUCUCAGUGCUUCCUUAUUGUUUCUAAUAGGAUUUUUUUAUUCUUAUUGGGGAUUGUUUUUGAACUUAAUGGUUGAGAGCAUCAUCUCUCUUUCUCUCUCUUUUGCUCUCUUUGAAUAAAGAAGUGACGUUCUUAAAUGAAGAAGUGUGUGAAUAAAUAUGAGCUACCUUGUUCUGAGAUGAUUUGGAAGGUUGCAAAUAAUGUUUAAUGUAAUCUCAAGUGCAAACCUGCUCAAAUGUGAUCUGUUUCCUCCUUAACUUCCAGACCUCGCAUUAAGAAAACAGAUGACCUGAUCCCUCCUUCCAGUUCAUAAUGUGCUUUUGCUUUGUUUGGAAGUGAAUGGGGAAACUGGGAAUCUUGUCCCUGGUCCUAUUGUGUCUAGACCAGUUAUUUUAACGAGAAAUAAAGAAAUCCUGGUUUGUUUUGAGAAAAAUGAACAGGAAGUUUUGAAAGCAUGAGUGAGUGAGCUGUUCUGAGAAGAAAAAAUAGGGAGUCUUAAUAUCAAUAAUAAAUAGGACUUAAACUUUUAAGUUUAGGCUCCUCCAUGCCAAAGUUGGAGUGGUAGCUAAGAUAGACUACAGUCGGUCAGCUUCAGAUCUAUCAUAAAGUUACCCCAUGUCUCUUAAGGAAGGCAGAAAUGCUUAAGGAAGCAUCAAGUCAUAAGGCCAAUCCUUUAAACAGUACCUGAGUUAACGUGUUAUUCAAAUAUGCUCUUGGGAACUGAAACCAAAGCUGUACUACUAACAAACUUAACAGUGUUCACCCUGUUGGUACUUUUUUAUAUUUAGAGUCAGCCUGUUCAACCUCAUUGUGUUCCCAUAUAGGACAUCAUGAAACCUCUUGCAUUGGUAAGAGUUGGUGGCAGCUGAGCAUUAUCAAGAUGUAGAGAAACAAAAGAGCAAGUGAACUGUAUUUCCCACACACACACACACACACACACUUGUUACUCAAUAUACAUGCUCAAAGCAGGUUCUUCCUGUUUCAAAGCAUGUAAAACAAGAACUCGAGCAAAU